GUGUUGGAGUGUGACUUACACCCAUCAGAGUAUCUGUGCCUUGAAGGGGUCAACAGUGGACAUAUCCUGCUCUUACACAUAUCCCAGUUAUCAUGAGAUCAAACAAGCUUUCUGGUUUACUAAAUGGUCUGGUAUGGAGGCUGAAGAUCUGAGCUCAGUUCCAGGGUAUGAGGGUCAUAUAGAGUACCUUGGGGAUAAGGAGAGUGACUGUACCCUGAGAAUCACAGACCUGAGAUUGAGUGACUCUGCUGGGUACAGAUUCAGAUUGAUAACAUCAGGAGAUACAUUUGCUGGCUCACCUGUCUCCCUGACUGUCACAGAUGUUGUGUUGGAGAUGGAUCCUACAUCUGUGUCAGAGGGGGAGAAUGUCACACUGACAUGUAGAACCAAAUGUACACUGGUCCCCAACACAGUCUACAGUUGGUAUAAGAAUAGACAGCCUCUACCAAACAGCAACACCUCCUCUCCUGUCUAUAUCCUGUUCUCAGUCAGCAGUGAGGAUACAGGCAGAUACUCCUGUUCUGUAGAAGGACAUGAGGAUCUCCCCUCUGAUGAAGAGACUCUCACUGUCACAUAUGGACCAAGGAACACCUCAGUGUCAGUCAGUCCCUCUGGUGAAAUAGUGGAGGGCAGUUCAGUGACUCUGACCUGCAGCAGUGAUGCCAACCCACCUGUGGACAAAUACACCUGGUACAAGAAGAACGUAACCUCACCAAAAGCAUCAGGACAGAGUUACAGCAUCACUAACAUCAGCUCUGAGGACAGAGGAGAAUACUACUGUGAAGCUAGCAACAUGAGAGGGACAGAGACUUCCAUCCCUGUCCAUAUUAAUGUCAUGUCAGUGUUUCCCUGGGUUCCUGUGGUGGGGGUGGGGGCUGUCCUGACUGCUGGAGCUCUGCUACUCACCAUCUACUGCACACUGAAGAGGAGAUCCACAGGAGGAAGUGAUGCCACAACAGACACACAGAGUGUCCAUCCUGACCCUAACAGUGACACGUACACAGGUCUGAGCAUGAAGACCAUGUCCCCUGACUAUGACACUCUGGCAAGUGUCCAUCCUGACCCUAACAGUGACAAGUGCACAUCUCUGAAGAAUACCAGGUCACCAGAGUGACACCCUGUGUGUGUGUGUGUGUGUGUGUGUGUGUGUGUGUGUGUGUGUGUGUGUGUGUGUGUGUGUGUGUGUGUGUGUGUGUGUGUAAACAUUUUAUGAAGUGGUGUAUAAAGUGCUCAUUCAGUAUGUCUUUGUUCAGAACGUGAGAGACUCACCCAGUGACACAUCCCCUCAAAUAGAUAGUAAGCCACCACAGAACCUGGUCUGAAGAGAACCACCAUAGAACCUGGACUGAAGACAACCACCACAGAACCUGGACUGAAGACAACCACCAAAGAACCUGGACUGAAGAGACCCACCACAGAACCUGGACUGAAGACAACCACCAAAGAACCUGGACUGAAGAGACCCACCACAGAACCUGGACUGAAGACAACCACCAAAGAACCUGGACUGAAGAGACCCACCACAGAACCUGGACUGAAGACAACCACCAAAGAACCUGGACUGAAGAGAACCACCACAGAACCUGGACUGAAGACAACCACCAAAGAACCUGGACUGAAGAGACCCACCACAGAACCUGGACUGAAGACAACCACCAAAGAACCUGGACUGAAGAGACCCACCACAGAACCUGGACUGAAGACAACCACCAAAGAACCUGGACUGAAGAGACCCACCACAGAACCUGGACUGAAGACAACCACCAAAGAACCUGGACUGAAGAGAACCACCACAGAACCUGGACUAAAGAGACCCACCACAGAACCUGGACUGAAGACGACCACCACAGAACCUAGACUGAAGAGAACCACCACAGAACCUUGCAUUAAAAUAAUCAAUGCAGAACCUGGACCUAGGUUUUCCAGACAAUGAACUUUAUCUUCCCCGUAAACACUGAAGUUGAAUGUUCUUUCCUUGUAAUGUUAAUGAUAUAUAUUGAAGAUAAAUAGGAUGGAUUAUACUUCUACUGUUUUACAAUGUUACAUUUCCCCAUUGAAAAAUAUGUAUAAUAUUGAAAACAGCUUUUAAUGUGUUGCUUUCAGACCUAGUUACUCCUGAUGAGUUAAUUGAUGUACCUUGUAUUGCUGUCAGACAUUAUUGUGCUAUGGCAUUUAUUAAUAUCACAAUCACACUUGUUUUAUGGUAACAUUUUUUAUGAUUAUUUCCCAUACAGUGUGAUUCAGUGUAAAAUUAUGCAUUUUUUAAAUGAGCUCAAAGUUUAAGACAAUAAAUACAAAUAUAAUUUUGCUUUAAAUAUUA